GAUUGAUAAAAAUGAAUUGCAAAUCGAGCGAUGUAAAAAAGAUUUUUAAAUAAUUAUAAUUGAUGAUAUUUUGAGUAAUUUAAAAAAUUUUUAGUCAAUUUCAUUGUUCUUUAACAAAACUUGGCAAUCUGCAUUCUAAAUAAUAAUAUUUUCUUGCUUACGAAGGGUUGAUUUGGAAGUGCAUAUGCGAUGGAAGAACGAAAACUACGCAAGAGAAAAGAAAAAGCCAUAAAUGAGAGCAACUACGAGCAAAUAUAUACGUACUGCAAGGAAUUGGGAGACGAACAUACAAAAGUGGAAGAAUAUGAGGAAGCUCUGGCGGAGUAUAAGGAAGCUGAACGUGCAGCUAAGAAACUUCAAAAUAAAUUAUUCGUUGCGAUUGCUAAUCGCAUGAUAGGUGAAACGUUAUGUAACAUGGGUGAAUUCGAGAAGGCAAUAGCUCACCAGAAAGUAUACUAUAAUUUUUCGAAGGAAGAAAAUGACUUGGUUGAAGAACAACGAGCUUUGGCAACACUCGGCCGCACAUAUUUUGUCGAAGCCGAGAGCUUUUCUAAUGAAGAUCAAGAUAAAAAAAAAUGUCUACAGCUUUCGCGAAAAUACUAUUUGAAAAGUUUGAAUAUUUGUGAUAGAUUAUCUCAGUCGAAUAAAUUGUCUCAGAGGGAGUUAUCCGAAAUGAAAGCUCGACUUUAUCUAAACUUGGGUCUGAUUUUGGAGUCUGAAGGCGAUAUUGAUUCCGGCUUCGAGCACGUCGCGAAAGCUAUUAAUAUCUGCAAGCAUUUGGAACUGUUGGAAAUUUUGUGUCGAUGUUACACAGCACAAGGAUCGCUUUACCUAAAACACGGUGACACUUCGAAUGCUAUUUUAAAUUACGAUGCAGCUUUGAAAGUAUCAGAUCGCCUGGAAAGUCGUAUUAUAUUCUCGUGCGAAAUACUUCUACUAAAAGCAGAUGGUUUAAUCGAAUUGUCGGAUUUUACCGGAGCUAAGAAUGUACUAAUCAAAGCUUACAAACUUAAAACUCCCGAUAUGAAGCUGAGAAACGAAAUAGAAAAAAAAUUGAAAUUUCUUGUGAAAAUUUGCAGAACUGAAAACAAAUUACUAGAAAUUUCCGAGGAUGAUUAUAACUCGAAGAAAUGUUUGAACGAAACUCUCGGUGACUGUUUCGCUAAACUGGAAUGCUACAAAAAAGCCAUCGAAUACUAUCGUAAAAUGUUGGAGUGUUCAGAAGCGUUGUGUUUGACGGGAAAAGAUAUCACUCCAGCUUAUUAUUCGCUUUCGCAAACUUACAAAGAUGAUGGUCAGUACGAUAUGGCUUUAAAAUAUUUUGAACGUCUGUUUGAAAUUGAAAAGGAUAAUCCAGUCGAGGCUAGUAAAACAUUAUUAAAUAUAAUCGAAGUACUCGAAUUACGGAAGGAAGAUUUCGACGUUAUAAUGGAAAAAUAUCGACAAGCAUUAUCGUUGGCAAAGAAGGCGGGUGAUUUCAAAACUGAAGCUAUUGUUCUAGGGAAUAUGAUACUUUCUGAAAGAGCAUACGGUCGAGAAGAUUUAGCUAGUGAAACUCAGAAAGAGUUGGACGUCGUGAAGUGCUGUUUUUCGAACGAAGAUAGCGAAAUUAUUUCAAACGCUUCGGGUGAUGAGUCUGAAUUCGAUGUUGACUUGGAGGAGCUUUCGGACGUGAAUACAGAUACCGAAGAUGACGUGACAGGCAGAGAAAAGCAUUCUCGACGUAGAGUAACUAAAUCAUUUUUAAUUCGUAGAAAUGAAAAAGGCGAAACACCUUUACAUGUGGCUAGCGCCAAAGGAAACUUACAGCUGGUUAGAAGCCUUCUCAAACAGGGCCAUCCUGUGAACGUUCCUGAUGCAGCUGGAUGGUCACCUUUGCACGAGGCGUGUAAUCAUGGUCAGGUAGAGGUGGCAAAGAUUUUGAUAGACGCCGGGGCUAAUAUCGACGAUCGCGGGGGUCCUAAUUGCGAUGGAAUUACUCCAUUACACGAUGCAGCUUCGUGUGGCCAUCUAGAGGUUAUUGAUAUGCUGUUAGAUAACGGAGCUACGCCGUUAGCCCGCAAUAAUCAGGGAGAAACGGCGUUAGAUUGCUUAAUCGCUUGUAAACGAAGAGUCGAGUCUGAAGAAGGCGAACUAGAUCCUGUCAAAUUGGAGCAUUUCAAUAACGUCAGAUCGCGAUUAGAAGAGUGUCUCAGUAAAGUGGGCUACAACAGCAAAAAGAACACACCGAAGCAAUGCGUCAUCGAUUCGAGAAGUCAGCGAACAGAAGAUUCGAGAAUUAGUCAGAAAUUCGUCAACAAUAGGUCGUUUGUGGCUAAUAAAAAACGCAGUAAUCCCGGUUCAUUUGACGACACAUUUAACAGUGGUGCAGAUGAAUAUAAAGAAACUAUGCAAGCAUUACGACACGGUAAUAAAAAAGAAUGUCCUUCGUUAUUGUCUGAACGACACGAGAAAUCAAAAGCUCCCGCUUUAUUGAGCAACGAAGACGUAGGCGAUGAUUGGCUGGAAAAUGAUCUAGAAUUAUCGAAAAGGCCUAUAAAACGACGUUGCGAACAAUCCGUGGAACAUCAGCAAAUUAAAACUACUAAAUCAAAAUCGGCUAAACCCAAUACGUCGUAUUCGACUCAGAAGAAAAAUUUAUCCACUCCUGUCAAAUCAAACUGGGACGAAGCUUUCGAUGAUAUAGAUUUAGAUGAUUUAGAUUUCGCAGUUUCUCCGCAAAUAUCGUCUACAAACUUUAAUACUAAUACUUUGGAGGAAGCCGCAACGUCGGAAAGUACCCACAACGAUGGUUCAUCCGCAGGAAGCGGUGUUUCAAAUCCGAAUAGGAGCAAUAAGAUGAAACCCAAGUAUCAAAAAUCUCUGCUAUCAGUUGGAUUCAAACGAUUUGAUCCUUCAAGUCAUAGCACUCAACAAUCCGUGACCAAUGCAAAUAUUUCCGGUAACGUCGAAUUUAGAGAAUCACCUGCAACGCCCCGAACACCCGCAACCAACCAGAGUAUUAAAGUGCGCGUUGAAGGAAAACUAUUCUUAGUUCCUGUUCCUAUUGAUUACUCUGACUUGAAUAUAAAAUGGCUCGUAUCGGAAGCAGCUAGAAGAUAUCAAAAUUUAGAAGGUGUACUGCCUUUGCUGAGUUUGAGUACAGAAGAUGGCGCCAUACUCGACGAAAACGAUCCUAUAUCUAUUGUGGUUGGCAAAAAUGAGAUACAAGCAACCGCAUUAUCUUGGGAUUUGGCUCCUCUCGUCGAUCGGUAUAGAGAAGCUUGCGCAUCUUCCAAUACCACGGUGGACGAAUACUUGAGCAUCCAAUUAGACAUAUGCCAAGCGAACGCUUGCUUCCAGAUCAAAGAUGUUCCUGUUGCGUUGCAAUGCUUGACUCCGGCUUUAAAAGCAAUUUCGUAUCAUCAAAAUUUACAGCGUAUUUCCUUAUGCGGUGUAUUUCUGAGAAAUACCGGAUUCAAAGUACUCGUCGACUCGAUCACAAAGUUGACGCAAUUACGAUGUCUCGAUGUUCGUUCAAAUAAUAUCACUGCCGAAGGAUUAUCUUACUUUGUAAUGGUUCUCAGUAAAAACGCAUCGUUACAGAAUUUAGAAGAGUUGGACUUGAGUUAUAAUCCAUUGGGUGGUGAUUGUGUCCAUCAACUGGCAAAUUUAACUCGACAUCUUGUCCGUUUACGCGUUUUAAUUCUGAAAUCGAUUGGAUUGAUUUCGCAAUCACUGUAUGAAGCAUCCAACUUCAACUUAGAAUUUGUUGAAUAUUUAGAUGUGAGCAAUAAUCCUCUUGAACGAGAAGGAUCUGCCAAAUUUUUGUCUGCGUUAGAUUCGAACAAAAUUAAAUUCCUGGACAUGUCACGCACCGGAGGAACCGAAGUGUUCAGAGAAUGUCUGUUAUUUCUGGAUCGAGGCUAUUUGGAUAUGUUGGAAACUUUAAAAUUAGCCGAUUUGGACAUCAACGAUAACGACGUCCAGCAAUUAAUUCAAUCGUUGAAAAAAGCCGACCAGAUUUCAAACCUAGAUCUCUCCUGUAAUACGAAGAUUUCAGACUGUUCUCAUACGGUUAUAUCAGAACUGAAAAAUUUGAAAGAAUUAAAUUUAGCCGGAUGUUCUCUGUUAACAGCAUCGAAUCAACUCAUUUUGCCAUUUUGUGGUCUCACAUUGUCCAGCGAAUACCACGAAAAUACGUUCAGAGAAGCGCCGUAUAAUUUAAUAGUGAAUUAAGAAGCGCGAAGUAUGUUCAGCUACCUUAUUUGAGCUUGUAGAAACACGAAAAAAAUAUAUACACGUGUUUCAUACGACUGAUAAAUUUUACUUCGUUAUUAUAACAAAAAAAAAAAAUUUAAUUAAUAAAAAUUAAAUUCUUUGCGUAGAUUAUUUUGAAUUUAA